AUGCAACUUCAAAAUCUCUUGACGACGCGUUUUGCGGAGCUCGACGAGGAAUUCAAAAAUGCGUUCGAUGAGCUUCAGAGGCGUGUUCGCAAUGUGCAAGACACGAUUCAGGGAGAAGUUGCUGAGUACCUUCGCGAUCGUGAUAGCUUGUUGCCCGAUGAGACCGAUGUGGAUCCAGAGCCUGGUGGAGACCUGCUCGAGAACUGGAUCUUGAGGGAAGACGCUCUCAGUGCCCCUCACGAGGAAUCCAAAGAUCAGCUCCCGAUCGGUGCCCUGGUCCUGCGGCAGUCGGCAUUGGCACUGCAGAGUGCUUCCGGGCUGUCGCACCUCCGAUUGAACUCCCACAUGAUGGAGCUUUCCAACAAGACGAACGGAGUCGUCGAAGCUUUGGGCAAAGAUAGGAUCAAAAGCAAUUUGACACAGCGAAACCAGAAAACGACCCGGCGGUUCAGUGGGAUGAUGUAUGCCACCGAGCUGACGAACAGGUGUAAGUUGCCCGUGGUCAAGCCAAGCGACAGAAUCCGAGUUGCCUGGGACAUUGUGAGCAUUUCCUUGAUCGUGAUGGACUCUUUCUUGUUGCCGGCAGCCAUUGCAUGGGAGCUGGAAGAACAGAAGAAUCUCUCUUUUGGCAAACUGAUCGUGCAGAUCUUUAGUGCAAUCGCGAUGGUGUUCUGGCCGUUGGACAUCGUUCUGAAUUUCAACACUGCUUUUUAUUCGGGCUCUGUGCUUGAGACUCGUCGUUCCGCUAUAGCCAGACGCUACUUGCGCUCCUGGCUUCCCUUCGACUUCACUGUGGUCAUGCUUGACUUUGCCUUGGCUCUCUCGACCGCCUCGGAGGAAAUGGGUGGCGUCCUGCAGCCUUUCCGAUCGGCCCGUUUCCUGCGGGUCUUCCGAUCACUCCGCAUCCUGCGCCUUCUCAAAGCCGGCAAAAUCAACGUGGUACUGGAGAACAUG